AUGGAAGACUCAAAGUCUAUAGACACCCCUAUGCCUACAAAUGGAAACCUAGAUAAAGGUGAACACGGUAAGAGCGUAAACGUCAAGAAGUACAGAGGUAUUAUUGGUUCUCUUUUAUACCUUACUGCAUCUAGACCCGACAUCAUGUUUAGUGUUUGUAUGUGUGCACGAUAUCAAUCGGAUCCUAAGGAAUCCCACCUAAAAGCUGUCAAGCGUAUACUUAGAUAUCUACAUGGGACAUCCAAGUAUGGGUUAUGGUAUUCCAAAGUAAGUGAUUGUAGUUUAGUAGGUUACUCUGAUUCCGAUUUUGCCAGUUGCAAAUCAGAUAGGAAAAGCACGAGUGGAACAUUUCACCUGUUUUCAAACUCUUUAGUGAGUUGGCACAGCAAAAAGCAAGUUUAUGUUGCUUUGUCAAUCGCUAAGGCUGAAUAUGUAGCAUCCGAUAGUUGUUAUGCCUAUAUUCUGUGGCUAAAACAAUAA